AUGGAGCCGGUUAUUGUUAUUGUUGGUGUUGUUGCAGCCAGUUUUAUUGCUAUUGCUGGGAUUGUAGCAAUAUGUUUACUCGUUUUAUUUGACAAAAGUGAAGAUGCACUUAAUAUGAAACGUAGAAAGGAACAUGACAAGGUUUCUUUGUUGGCAGUUCUUGGUUCAGGCGGGCACACCACAGAACUCUUAAGACUUGUUGACCGCCUAGGGGACCACUAUCAGCCCCGCUUCUAUGUUCUUGCAAACACUGACGCCAUGAGUCGGGCAAAGGUGGAGCAAACUGAGAGGGACACUGGACAUGAGUACGCAGUGCAUGAAAUUCCGAGAAGCCGGGAAGUUGACCAGUCCUGGUUCACAACUGUUCUGUCCACCUUGUAUGCUUCCCUCUAUGCGUUUCCCCUUGUUGUCAAACUUCGACCGGAAAUUAUUUUAUGCAAUGGACCAGGAACGUGCAUACCCAUUUGUGUUGCUGGAAUAUUAAUGAAGAUAUUUUAUAGUACAAAGGUAAUAUACGUGGAAAGCAUAUGCCGUGUAGAAACCCUUUCUCUGUCAGGGAAGAUCCUUUACCGUUUAGCCGACAGUGUUAUUGUUCAGUGGCCACAGUUACAGAAGAAAUACCCAAAGACUGUGUACAUGGGAAGAAUUGGAUGAAUCUACAUUAUUGAGAACUUUAUUUCUACUAUGGAGCAGAUAGCUCUGUUUGUUAUUUGUUAUGCAAAAUGCUCAGUUGAUUGUACAAUAAGUUAAUGAUAGGAGGGUAAAUCUCUGUCUGUAGUUAGCAGCUUCAUGAUUUCUUAUAUUGCUUGUUAAACAUUUCAAACUCAAUUAAAUCUUUAAUACUGAUAGUACUUCGAGAAGAUGGAGUCAAGACUUUAAGUUAUUAUUUGUUAUUUCUGCCUCUGUAAGGCAUAUGUUUAUUGCACUCUCCGUUCCUUCUUCAGUGUAUGUUCAUUACAACCUUUUCUCAGCAAUAACUUUUGUUAAUUUUGGUGGGAUCUCAUUCAAACUUCCUGGAAUUUGUAGGCACCAUGGGAAGGUGUGUAUAUUGUUAAAAAGGAUUGUCUUAAUUCUUAAUGUCAAGGUCACACCUGGUGUUCAACUUGAUAAAUUGUGGAAUUUAUAGCAAUCAUAAUUGUUUUCAUCCAUAACUUUUUAACAGUUAAAGGGCAUUCAAUUAAAGUUCAUAUUGUAGUGCACCAUGAGAAGGUAUGCCACGCACAAAGUUCAUGCACUUAUGUCAAAGGUCAAGGUCACACUUGAAGUUCAACGUUGAUCACUAUGGAUUCCGUAGCAAUACUUUGUGUCUCAGCCGUAAGUUUUAAACUACUACCGACGUUUACUUCAAUAAAACUUCAUAGAAUUGUAGAGCACCAUGUGAAAGUGUGUUGUUCUCAAAAUUUAGCAAUACCAUAUUUUUUAAAUAUCAAUAGAAUUCAAUCAAACUUUACAGAAUGGUAGGGCGACAAGUGAAGGUGUGUCUGCAUUAAUUUCGUUGUCUUAUCUUAAAUGCACCCAAAGCAUUUUUCAUGUUUAUGUGACAUUAUUGAAUUAUUGUAUCAUUUUCUCAUAAUGAAGUUGAUCUAGAAGAAAUUUGAUUUCAAUUUUUUAGUUGAAAGCAACUUUUAUGGCAAUUCUAUUUUCAACAUUUUCAAUGAUUUUGUUCUUCUCAUUGUUACACUAUACAGUGAUAAAUGCUAACAUACACAUUUUUUCUGGCUUGAUAAAUAUCUGCCUCAAUAUUUGUACUAGAUAAUGGCUUCAGCAGUCACUUGUUGUGUUAUGUUAAGUGAUAUUGUACUGAGACAUUCGUAAAUAAGAACCCAGGAGGUCAUUUCAGUAAAGAUCUUUUGGAUUUUAGUAAAAAAAAUGGAAUUAACUUUGAGACAUCGUUUCAUUACUUUGAGAUAGAUUUUAGCGAAUUUUUCUUAAGUCAGUAGAAACAAGUCAAUGUUUUGCCAGGUAUGUGACGUUUGACAGAUUUAAGAUUGUGUAGUUUGGUCUAAAACCCUGUAUUAAAGAGACUGUGUCACAGAUUGGCACCAAAAAAAGUUUUUUUUUGUUAGGAAUCUCAGGACAAUUAUUAUCUAAUAGAAUGUGUUACGCUUUGAUAUCAUAAUUGUAAAAAAAGUA